GGAGAGUUCUAUUAUUUCAACAUUUAGUUAUUUGAAUUUAUGUAUGUAUGUAUAAGUGUAUCUUGAAUAAAUUCAAAAGUUGACCAAAUAAACUGGGGAAGAAAAAUAAAAUCAUUCCCAUAAACCCAUCAAAGAUGGAACCCAGAAAAACCAAGAAGCCGAAAAGAGUGAUCCACUGCUCGGACGGAACUCUGGAAGAAUAUUCCUCAGGUGAUGAAAGUGAUGGUCAGAAGGCAAAGGUAGAACUACCAGUCGUCGAUCCUAAAACCCUGACUUGGUUUCCGUGGAUAUGGUAUCAGACGACCUGGGUGGGUAGUAAGACCUUGAGUGCUUGUGAUUACGUUGGAGAAUCCCUAGCAAACUUUUUUGGUAUAACAAGCCCAAAAUUUCAAUUUGAAAUUAACGAAUACUAUAGAAUGAAAGCCGAAGAGGCUGAAGCACAACGCAAGGAAGACUUAGAAAUGGGUGGUUGGACGGAGAACAAUCGUAAUAAUCUUGUUAACAACAGUACUUCGACAGAGCAGGUAGAAAAUAGUCAAAGAUUUUGAUUUUUAAAGAAAAUUCGAAGACCCCAAAUUUUCCUUCAAAUCUUUACAACGUGAUCAUGAAAUAAGUUCAACUUUUUUAAUGGAAGUAUUUAACUUGUACAUUAUUACUUUCCCUUUUACGUCAAGAUUUUGUUUCAAUUAUAUAGAGUAUUAUAAUUUAUACAAUUAGACAACUUUCACAUUUAUUUAAAUUAACCAGUGGGCUUCUAUUGUAGUUGUAUAUCUUUAAUAAUAAGUACAUUGAUAAGGUAACAUGAAUAUUGUGUGAAUCGCUACACUGUGCUUACAAUUAGCUCUGAGAGUGUACAUUCUUUUCUCAGAAUUUGGGAUUUAAAAAAAUAGUUAGAUUCAAACUAAUAUUUUUUUCGGUUUUGACGUAGUUUUCAUCCUCAUGCUAUACAUAUAGGUAUGUUGUUUAUUUAUACGACCACUCAACAUGCCUAGACUCAGCCAAGAUUAAAAAAAUAGUUGGAAUACUAUAAAAGAAACUUUUUAGAAAUAAAAUUCGAUAGGAGUGGAACAAACGAACUGCUUUUACUUUAUAGGUGACUAAUAUUUAUUUAUCGUACUAUAGAUGAUUGCUUAAAUGACAUUUUCAUUGUUUAAACCGAAUUCAAUUUUUUCACACGCAGUCUAAUUCAUCUUAUUGCAGCCUGAUGAGUCAAAUUUUAAAAUAGGCUACCAUAAUUGUAUUAUGUACAAAAAUUACAGAGUACAAUUCUUACUGAUGUUAAUACUAUUCUACAAGUCGGUUCUUUAUGGACAAAUUUUUUUAAUACAAUAAUCACAACUGCUGAACUGCAAACAAGACGUCUGUCACUUUGUUGCCUCAUAUUCUUUUGAACAUGGUUUUUAUUCCCAAGAAUAAAUCAAUUCGAAUUCUAACGACUAUGCAGCGAAAGCCUGCAGAGUAAGAACUUGAGAAUGUGUGAUGAACCUCCUGCUGUCUUAACAUUUUUUUUUACUGACUUUUGAUAAGUCUUUCAAAUG